ACUGUCGUUCUCUUUUAGUACUCCUUUUAACAAAAAUCUGUCCGGUUCUUAUUAUUUCCUCCGUAAGAGACAGCUUUUAUUUCCAGGAAAUCUCUCAUUGUCGUUCACUGUCCGGUUUUAUAAAAUAAAAAGAAAGCAAUGUAUAAAAUAAAGUCAAUGAAUUCCUUCAGUACAGGCUUAUUUAUCAGGGCCGAUCAUAAAAUUUCCAUCAUCAGCCGAUCAUUCCGCACAUCACAAUUAGCCUACACUAAACUAAUCGAAAUCUACACUCAUGAUCGAGCAUUGCAUUCCGGAAAAGUACUCCACGCACACCUUAUCAUCACUGGCUUAGCUCGUUUGACCCACUUCGCCUCCAAGCUCAUAGCCUUAUACACUGAAUGCCGAAAAAUAUUAUAUGCUCGGAAACUGUUCGAUAAAAUUCCGAAAACAAAUAUCCACCGUUGGAUUGCUCUCAUUGGAGCCUACGCUCGGCGUGGCUAUCAUCAGGAAGCACUGGAUGUGUUUCAUGAAAUGCAAGGCCAGAGUCUGAAACCCAACAAAUUUGUUAUUCCUAGCGUAUUAAAAGCAUGUGGGAAUCUGCUGGAUGUAGGAACCGGGUUGAAGAUACACUGUGUGGUUGUAAAACAUUCGUUUGAAACUGAUGCUUUUGUUACUAGUGCAUUGAUCGAUAUGUAUUCCAAAUGUGGGUAUGUUGAAGCGGCAAAAAAAGUUUUUAAUGGGAUGGUUGAGAAAGAUAUAGUGGCGAUGAACGCCUUGGUUUCGGGGUAUGUUCAACAUGAACUUGCUAGUGAAGCAUUGAGUUUGGUGGAGGAAAUGGAAAUAUUAGGAGUGACGCCUAAUGUGGUUACUUGGAAUUCGUUAAUAGCGGGGUUUUCACAGAAGGGUGAUCAAGUGAUGGUUUCUAAGCUUUUUGGAUUGAUGCAUAAUAAUGGUGUUGAGCCUGAUGUGGUGUCUUGGACUUCAGUUAUAUCUGGGUUGGUGCAAAAUUUUUGUAAUGAUCAGGCCUUUGAUAUGUUUAAGCAGAUGCUGGGGAUGGGAUUUUAUCCGAGUUCCGCUACAAUUAGUAGCAUCUUGGCUGCUUGUGCAAGCGUGGCGAAUGUAAAGCGUGGAAAGGAGAUUCAUGGGAAUGCAGUGGUGACUGGGGUGGAAGAUGACAUAUACGUGAGAAGUGCUCUUGUCGACAUGUAUGCAAAGUGUGGUUUUAUAUCUCAAGCAAGGGCAUUGUUCUCUAAGAUGUCAGAAAGGAACACGGUCACUUGGAAUUCAAUGAUAUUUGGGUAUGCAAAUCAUGGAUACUGCAACGAAGCAAUUGAGCUAUUCAAUAAGAUGCAGGAGAAACAGAAGCUUGAUCACCUGACUUUUACGGCAGUUCUUACUGCUUGUAGUCAUGCUGGGUUGGUUGAACUGGGACAAAGUCUAUUCAGUGAGAUGCAAGAAAACUACAAAAUCAAGCCAAGAUUGGAGCAUUUUGCAUGCAUGGUGGAUCUCCUUGGUCGAGCAGGAAGAAUUGCUGAGGCAUAUGAUUUUAUCAAGACAAUGCCUACUGAACCUGAUAUAUUUGUAUGGGGAGCACUAUUAGGAGCUUGUAAGAAUCAUGGGAAUAUAGAGCUUGCUGAAGUAGCAGCUAAGCAUUUGGCAGAGCUAGAGCCAGGAAGUGUAGCAAAUAAGUUGUUGUUGACAGAUUUAUAUGCCAAUGCAGGAAAUUGGAGCAAUGUUACACGGUUGAAGAAGAUGCUGAAGAAAAGAAAAUUGAAAAAAUUUCCGGGAUGCAGUUGGAUAGAGGCAGACUAAUAUUCAGCUGAGUUACGGGUGAUCAUGCUGCCUUUUGCAUGACUUGUGCUGCCCAAAGUUUCUACAAUGGAGCUCUCUUUAGAUGAAAGUAAACCUUGGCUUUGUGGACCCAGGCUUGAGUUCUCGGGAUAGACUAUUUGGAUUUUGGGAGUUAUACAGACCCUUUUGCUCUUUUUGUACUAGUUGGGACAACUGUAGU